AUGGUGGCGUACUCCCCAUCGUUGGUGGGCAAGAAACGUGCUGGCUAUGCCAAAACGACAUCAUCGGACACUGCUCUACUGUUCUUCGCAUGGCGACCGAGUGCUGCAAUGUACAAAGCGCAUGCGAGGAACGCCUUCGACACAGAUUCAAGACUUGGUCAAGAAGUCCUCAAGAAAGAAUAUCAACGAAAAAGGCGACUCGAACGAAGGAUUAAGUUGCUUACAAAUUAUUCCUUCCCUCCAUCUUCUGUCCUGUACUGGAAAUUUCAUGUGAAUCAUCGGACCGCCUCCCUACCACUAUUGGUCAAUUUCGCUACGGAAGGCGAAUGCACAUGGGCAUCGACACGAUUUUUGAAGUUUUCCGAAGAAGCAGUCGUUUGUUCGAACAUAUUAUCUGAAUCGGUGUGCACUGCACUAUACGGGGCCGGAGUCGUAGCCCACAGCAACGAUCCUGAUAGGGUCGCCAACUGUUAUAAGACCGCGGCUAGGGACGAAGAUUUGGUGCAGGCCGCUAUAAGCACGUGUCCACGUACGUGUGGUUAUUGCUGCCUCACUCCUGAGUACAAUUGCCAAAACAAACAAUAUCCUCGCAUCAGAUGCGAAUUCAUCACUCGAGUGAUGUGUAACGACCCCUUUUGGAGGAAUAUCAUCCAAGAAGAUUGUCCUAAUAAAUGUGGAUUCUGUAAUACAGGCAAUUGCACCGAUCUAAUACCGAACUGCGCUAAGGAUAUAUCAAUCUGUAGAAAUGUGGACAUGCAAGCGUUCGUGAAGGAAUACUGCAAGAGGACGUGCAAUUAUUGCUCGGAGACAGGUUCGAACACAGUUUCCACUCCUUGUGGAUCGGAUCCGAAUUGUGUAAACUGGGUAAGAAACGGAUUCUGCAACAGCGCUUUCUACACCGUGGAGCAGAAGAAGCGAUACUGUGGGAAACCUUGCUUAUUGUGCUAA